UUCAGGUUGAGGAUUAUGUAAAUGCUUACAUCUUAAAGGUGAGACAGAGAUGGGUGAUGUCUGAGGUUCAUGUGGAGGCCAAAGGAAGCUUGGGGGCCUCCUGAAUCCAAACCUUCACCCCAUCAUCAUCAUCAUCAUCAUCCAAUCUCUGCUCUGACUGGUGUUUACACUGCAGGAUGGGUGUAUGACGUCUGUUGUCGCUUUUGUCCAAAGACAAGUACGUUUUCCUAUUUUUGCAUACGACCUGAUAAAUUGCCAGUUUUAUCACAGAAGCGUCAACUCAACUGAAACAAUAAUUUGUUUGCUAGGAAAAUCAAGAGUGUUUCUGAAACACCUGCCAUGUCAGUGCAUUGUCACACUGCAGGUCCACGUUGCAGCUUUGAGAAGAGCGAGUCAAGUCAUCAACUCCUGCAGCCUUGACCUGAGCCUCGAACAAGCGACGGAUAAUGGAUGAAUUCAUGAAUCCUCCCUUUGACAGAAACCAGCAGAGUGCAGCGGUGCCAGUGAAUCAAACAUCUCACAACAACUCAAAGUGUGACGACUUCAAUUACCACCGAAAUUUGGUCCCAGUUCUCUAUUUGUUGAUGUUCCCCGUAGCUUUGUUGCUGAACAGCGUGGCAGCCUGGGUUUCUCUGCACCUCAAGUCCACCUCCACUUUUGUGGUGUAUCUGAAAAAUCUAGUCGCCGCUGACAUCAUUAUGACCUUAAUCAUCCCAAUCAAAGCCGCAAGAGACUUGCCGGGUACGCCAAAAACAGUCUUCAUACUCUCAUGUUAUCUCAGUUCCAUUUUCUACAGCACACAGUACACGUGUAUCACUUUAUUGGCCUUUAUCAGUCUGGACCGUUUCUUCAAGAUCAUGAUGCCCCAAAGCAAGUUCUUUGGUCAGAAUCUGACCUUCAGCAAACUGGCAUCAGGCUCAGUGUGGGUGAUACUGCUUGGAGGCUCAGCUUUACCUAAUAUCAUUUUAAGUAACAAGUCGGUGGCCAAUUUAACAGAGAUCAGCUCUUGUAUGAAGCUGAAAGGACAGGCUGGAAUUGAAGUCCAUAAAAAGAUAGUGAUUUACCUCAAUGUUUUCUUCUGGCUCGUCAGUGUGGUCAUUGCGGUUUGCUACAUUUGCAUCGCAAACAAGGUUAUCCAGUCUUUUAGAAACUCUGGCAGCAGCAACAACCAGGGAAAGCAGAAGAUCAAACUGCGUGUGUUUCUAGUCCUCAUUGUGUUCUUUGUGUCAUUCGGACCGUACCACAUUUACAGGAUUCCGUACACUUUUCAACAAGUCAAAUCCUCCGUUACCGGCAACCCAGAUAAAAGCAUCCGGUUUGUCAAGGAAUUCACCCUCUGGCUUGCCAGUACAAACAUCUGCAUGGACCCACUUCUCUAUGUCUUUCUGUGUCGCGAGUUCAAGGACAAGCUUAUGUCUAUGAUGAAAAAAUUGUCCAUCUCGUUUCAAGUAGCCUUAGCAGGGAAAGCAGGAGGCACUUCAACACAGAGUGGAGUCUGACAUAAAGAUGCUAUAUCAUGGUCUGAGCUCAGAUGUUACUGAAGAUUUUGUAGACUAAAAGUCAGAUUAUUGUUUAAGGUAUAUAUUAAAGGGGACCUAUUAUGCAUUUGUGCUUUUCCCCUUUCCUUUAGUGUGUUAUAUAGUAUUUUAUGCGUGUAAAAUGUCUGCAAAGUUACAAAGCCCAAAGUCCACGCCAAAGGGAG